AUGCAACCCAUUCAAACCGGCAGGAAGGAAUGGAAUGAAGCUACUGUGACAGAUGAGAUCAAGCCAAGAACCUACGCUGUGAGAUCUGAUAAUGGUCACUGUUUCAAACGGAAUAGACAACAACUUCGUCUUGCCAGAAAGUCUAGAGUUGAGGAUGAUGUUAAUCUUGAGAUUCCAACAUUCCCAAACUGCCAGUCGUCAAGAAGAUCUAGAGAUGAUGAACUUAUCCAGGAAAAGCAAUGUGUUCAGUCUAGUGCUAACCUCUCUAAUACUCAGACUGAUUCUGUCAUUCCAACAAGAGAUGUUCCAAAGAAUACCUCAUCUCCAAAAUCUGACAUGUUCAAGACAAAGUCUGGGAGACGUUACCCUUAUAUCAAUGUUACAUAUGAGGGGGUGGUGUUCAAGUAUGAUGAUGUCUGUGCUCGACAAAACGGGAGUUGUUUUGCUUCGGGAGAGUUUCUCACAACAGAUGCUGUAUAUAAUGUUUAUCUGUCUGGUGGAAUCACCUACCCAAACUGGAAUAACAUAGACAUAUCAGCAUUUCUUGGACAGGUUGGUUCGACAGGUGGAAAACUGGUGUCUGCGAAGUACCUGAGUAUUUCGUUUAAUUUACGAACAGAUUCAGUGGUUUACAAGGCAAAAGCAAGAGCAUGGGAAGAGGAGUUCCUGAAGAAAGUAGCAACUUUAGGCACAACAUCUACAAGAAUAAACUAUGCCACCUCCCAUUCGCUAGACACAGAGUUGAACAAAAACACAAACGGAGACAUCGUGUUCUUCUCCAUAACGUUCACAUUGAUGAUCACGUAUGCCACUGUCGUCGCCGGAGGUGAUGUGGUGUCGUCGAGGACGUGGGCAUCAUGGGCUGGCGUUAUGGCGGCUGGAUUUGGCAUCAUGUCAUCGUUCGGACUUGUCAGCCUUUGUGGUGUAAAGUUUGUCAAUAUCGUCGGUGUAACACCAUUUCUGAUCAUAGGUAUCGGUGUGGAUGACAUGUUCUUGCUGAUGUCCAGUUGGGCGGAAACCUACCCUCACCGAGACAAGACCGUGGCCAGUAGGAUGGGAAUGACCUUUUCCACAGCUGGUAUCGGUAUCACCAUCACGUCUCUCACUGAUCUCAAGGCCUUUUUAACUGGAGUGUCUUCUGUGUUUCUCAGUGUGAGGAAUUUCUGUCUCUAUACAGGAGUGGCCGUCAUCUUCUGCUACCUGUACCAGUGCCUCUUCUUCCCCCCCUGCCUUGCCAUCCAUGGCCGUCGGGUUAACAGUAACAGACACUGCAUGACCUGCCUCAAAACCAAAUCCAGAGCCAAACUCAGGCAAGAUGGCGCCUCCACCUGUAGAGUGUUCUGCUUUAGAGGCUCACCACCAACAGAGAGAGGUCAGGAUGAACGAUUCUUUGAGACACUGCCACGAACGUACCUGCCACGAAUGUUACGGAGUGUGGGAGGGAAGGUAAUUUUGAUUGUGCUAUUCUUGGCCUACCUCGAAGUGUCAAUAUGGGGAACAUUGAACUUCAAACAAGGUUUGAUUCUGAAGAACCUGGUCUCCACAGAUUCAUACUAUCAUUCCUUUAGUGAGAUAUAUGAUGCAUACUUCUCAAGUGCUUUCCCUGUCCCGUUUGUAUUUGGCCCAACCACCAAUUACACAGACAAGAAUACUGUAGAUAAUAUCGAGUCUCUGGUCAAUAGUGCAAAAACAGACUCUGGAGUAGUUGAGAAUUCGCUCAUUUGCUGGUUCGAUUCUUACAGAGCAACAACUGUUUAUGAUAACAACAGCACCACAGCUUUUGUAUCGGGAUUGAAAACAUUUUUUACAACAACCACAUUAUUUGAUAACGAUGUUGUAUUUGACUCAACUGAUACUGAUAUCAAAGCUUCCCGAUGUUAUCUUUUAUCAACAAAUAUUAAAGAAUCCAACGCUCAAGCUGAUGUUAUGGUUCGAAUGCGAGCUCUGGCAGACAACUCACCUCUCUCUGUCUACACCUUCCACCCAGCCUAUAUCUUCUUUGAGCAGUAUGUUGCUAUCCUACCCAGUACACUACAAACUGUGGGUGUGGCACUGGUCGUCAUGACUGUGAUCACCUGUAUCUUCCUUCCUCAUCCUCUUCUGGUUUUCCUUGUCGUCCUGAACGUCGUUUCUAUCCUCGUUGGCAUCUUCGGGUUCCUUUAUAUCUGGGGACUGAGUCUCAGCUCAGUGACAAUGAUCCAUCUCAUCAUGUCUGUCGGCUUCUCGGUGGACUUCAGUGUGCACGUGUGCUCUGCCUAUAUGAUUGGAGAAGGAAAAGACAGGAGAGCGAAAACUGAAUCUGCCAUUGUCCAUGCAGCUGGUCCAAUUUUGAAUGGUGGAAUGUCAUCCUUUCUGGGCGUUCUUGUGCUGGUGUUCUCAAAGUCCUACAUCUUCAACUCCUUCUUCAAGAUCAUGUUUACAGUGAUCCUUUUCGGCAUGCUGCAUGCUGUGUUCCUCCUCCCAGUGAUAUUGUCCAUCCUUGGCCCUGGAACCAAGUCUAAAAUAAGUCAUGCAAGCCUACUCCCAUAGAUAACCCUUAUUGUAUGAGUUCAUUUCAGAAUUAACAGGGGGCACGAGAUUCGUCUAAGGCGC